UGAUAGCCCAAAAAAAUUUCUGGUAGACCCAAAAUUUAAAUGAUAAGAUUAGAUAUUAAAUGUAACAUGACUUUAUAGGAAUAGGUAUAUUAGGUUCAUUUUUAAAAAAAUCACACAUGAAUCAAAGUUGUUACUUCUGUUUUUUGUUUUAAUAUAUAAGAUGUACACUUUUCAUUUUGACUCAUGCUCUCAUUUUCAAGAAGCACACAGUCAUAACUUUAAAAUUUGUAUCACGCCCGAAAUUUUAAGCAGAAUAUAUAAAAUGAAGAAAAAAACAAAUAUCAAGAAACACAUACAUAUCUUUCUUGCAAAACUCUCCACUUCUCCUAUGCAUAACUUUCUGGUCCAAUUAUCAUUUCCCCAUGAACACAUUUCUUGUUAUCUAAGCAACUUCUUUCUUCUUCUCUUCAUGCUCUAAGGCUCUCUCACACACAAUUUCUAUAAAUCUCUACUACUCUCUUCAUUCUCUUUUGGUAGAUUUAUUUAAUAAUCACAAUAGUACUAAAUUAUGGAUAAUGAAGAAAGCAACAACGUAGAAAGAUUCGAUGAUGUCGUUUUGCCAGGGUUUAGGUUUCAUCCCACAGAUGAAGAACUCGUAAGUUUCUAUCUGAAACGGAAGGUUCUACACAGAUCUCUUCCCUUUGAACUCAUCAAGAAAGUCGAUAUCUACAAAUACGAUCCGUGGGACCUCCCAAAGCUUGCAGCGAUGGGGGAGAAAGAGUGGUACUUUUACUGUCCAAGAGACAGGAAAUAUCGAAACAGCACUAGGCCUAACCGAGUAACUGGAGGUGGAUUCUGGAAAGCAACCGGAACUGACCGGCCUAUAUACUCAUUGGACUCCACUCAAUGCAUCGGUUUGAAGAAGUCGCUUGUGUUCUACCGUGGUCGAGCUGCUAAAGGAAUCAAAACCGAUUGGAUGAUGCAUGAAUUUCGCCUCCCUUCUCUCUCUGACUCUCAUCGCUCAUCGUCGUAUCCCAGUUACAAUAACAAGAAGCAACACCAUAACAUCAACAAUAAAGAGAUUCCUUCAAGCGAUGCUUGGGCUAUUUGCAGAAUAUUUAAGAAGACGAACUCAGUAUCAUCACAAAGAGCAGUCCCACAAUCAUGGCUUUAUCCGGCAAUUCCUGAAACCAGCCAAUACAACUUAGUGUCACAAACCACAACUCUUUUUGCUUCAACAGACGCUUUCAGCAACAUACCAACAAGACAAAACCUUAUCUCUUCUCCAGUAGACGAACCCGCAAGCUUCACAGAGUCCGCUGCUGCUUAUUUUGCUUCUCAGAUGCUCGGAGUUCCGUACAACCUAGCUAGAAACAACGGAACAGGGGAUGCUAUGUUUCUCAGAAACAGUGAAACAGAGAAUGCUCUGUUUCCUAGCAACAAUGAGGAUAACUACUUCCAUAACUUGGCCGGAGGAUUGACUCACGAGCUUCCGAAUGUAAGAUCAAUGGUCGAGACUGGUUUUGAGACGACCGCUAGUGAGAUGUCGGCGACGUCGUAUUCCCCUAACACUUGAGUUGUACUAUUACCACUUAGCUAGUGUAGGACAUCGCUAAUAUGUGUUAGUUUUUUUAUUAUCUUAUUAAUGUUACUUUGGUUUUGGUUUCUUGGAGACCAAAAAGAAAGAAAAAAAAACUAAGACUUGCUUUGCUUUUUGUAGCCUUCGGCCUUUAGAAGUAACCUAAUCUUGGACAAUGUAACUUUUGUUUACUUUCUUUAUUUGUUAAAAACUUUUGCUUAAGAUUAUGUCUACUAUGAUUUCAAUAUUACACAAAAGUCGAGAACUCAGGAUGGCAGAAUUGCUCUAUGGACAUCUCCAAUGGUUGUGUCUAGGGAUGUUAUAUAGGGUUAUCCAGCCAAGCUAAGCUCUAUUUAAAAUUAAGCUCAACCUUAAAUGAACCCUAACCCUUUUAGAACCCAUAAAAAAUGUAAAAUAGGGUUCAACUCUUUUCAACCUUCUUUAAAACCUUUAUCUUUUUUUUUCUUAAUGUGAAUACGUGUUAUAUAAUCUCUUGCAAUUCAUAUAUUAACAUAAAUCAAAGAAAAAUGGUUUUUGAUUAAAAUAUUUCUUGUUUAUAAUCUGAAAAUUCGUGAUUACGGUAGAAAAACUUAUUUUUGCGAUUUUGCUGGAAAACUCACUUUUGCGGUUUUGAAGGAAACCACGAUUUUGCGAAAAACUCAUAUUUGCGGUUUUGGAAAGAAAAAAACUCAAUUUUACGGAUUUAGCGGAA